AACAGAGCGACACCAAACAUGGCGGACGGUUAAAGUUUAUGGAAUCCACUUUACCAACCUGUUACAGCAUUAUCUAUUGAAAUCGAAGUCAAAAUUUACUUCAUGGAGAUAUAUUAACGUCAUUUGUUUUAGCGGAGAGGAGUUUUGAGUACCUGAGUGGCUCAAGGUUGAUUGGAUUUGGGCUUUAUACUUGCUGAAGAGGAUGAGAUGAUAGCACCUAUGUUUUGGAAUCUCUGCAAAAGUUCUUGGAGAAAAGGGUUUCUCUUUGAACUUUUUAUAUUAUUAACCCUUCUUCUAGCUCGCUAUGGGGGAUGUUCGAGAGUUCGUAGCCUUGGUUGUGGUGAACUGUUUGAGGGACAUUCUCUAAAAGAUGGCAAAGAGGCAGGCCUUUUUAACAAGCUUGGACGAACGGACGAUGUCACAAAGUGUGUGGAAUAUUGCUGUGACGAUAGAGACUGUAAAACUGCGUUAUUUGUGGGCAAACUCAAAGCUUGCUACACUGUUGAUUGUAGAAACUCAGAUGCUUGCAAACCCGUGCCUGCUUUGAAAACAUCUCAAAAAUAUGGCAUGAGUAUUUUUCAAAAGCCUAUAAAAGGAAAAACUCCUAAAACAAAUGGUACUUUCUUGAGAGAUGACCCAAAUAGACCUCUUAUAAGARAAAAGAGGCAUGAGUCCUGUCAUCWCUAUCAUGGCACCCAGUGUACAAAGUACCUUAAGAAUAAACUACUCUACUUUACUCAGUACCCUCCGUCUGUCGAAAGAAGCCUCAUAAGACCAUUAUCUCUACUGAAAAAAAGAAUUUCCCCAACUUGUGAACAGUAUGCAUUAGCUGGAAUUUGUUAUUAUGCAUUUCCAUAUUGUUCAGAUCGCACUAAACCAAAGCCAACAUAUCUCUGCCGUGAGGACUGUGAACAGUUGUUUGCUGGAGUUUGUAAGCAAGAAUUUGAAGCUGCAGAUGGACUCGGGUAUGGGAAGAUUUUGCCAGACUGUAAAACACUGCCCUCAGCACAGCCACCUGGAAAUAGUGGCUGUAUUAGCCUGAAUAUUCCAGAUUCUCUUCAAGUCUUUCCAAAAAAGCCUACAAUUUCUCAAUCAACAGCAGCUAUUCUUAAUAGUAAACUUCAAGAACAACCAAAUAAUUUAGAAACUAAAACUGCUGAAGAAAAAGAUUUAAAUUUAUUUAAGCAAGAAAAUUAUAAUAACAAAACUGAGAAUGAGGAUGAGAAAGAAAAUCAAAAUAUUGCAAAUACAAACAUAAUGCACCAGAAUGAGGCUGGUACUGACACUGAUAUAACAAAAUCGUAUAACACAAUGUCAAAUAGCAACAAUAAGGCUACAGUGACGGAAAAAGAGCAAAUUAAUGAYAAACGUAGUGAUGAUAAAGACAUUGAUACGGAAACAUCUAAUGAGAACAUUGGGAAAUCUAGCGAUGUACAGAGCAGUAAAAUUCCUGAUGUGGAUAGGGGUAAUGUAGCUCCAACUAGGACGCCAACCACAGUGAUGGGAAAGGAACGAAUUAAUGACAAAUAUAAYGAUGAUAAAGACCUUGAUACAGAAACAUCAAAUGAAAACAUUGGGAAUAGCCAUACAGACAGCAGUAAAUCUCUCAAUGAGAAUAGUGAUGAUUCAGCACCAACUGGGACACCAACUUCUUUCAUAAGUACUACUAAUAAGAAUAAAAUUAGUUCAUCUGAUAGCAAAGUGGAUGAAAAAACUGACUUGGAUGCUUCAAAACCAAGUGGAAUUUCUGAGCCUCAAGUUGCAAAUAAGGAAAGUGGUACUACCAAAAAUGAUGAUAAAAAUGCAGAAAUUUCUAGAAUGUCCAGUGUUCCUACCAGCUUACCAUCAAAAUCAAGAAUUUCAAAGGUCGAUGAGGAUGAUGAAGUUAAAAAAGAGGAUGUUGAAAAAAUAGAAAAUAUUAAAAAGGAUCAUCCUGGACAGUCUCCUACAAGUGGUUCUACAAGAAGACAUGGGCUGGGAUUGCAAGAGUCACUUGGCAUGUUAGAGCCUACAAAUUCAAGCUUGAAGAAGUUGGAAAAUGAUGCACCCCUACCAUUGUCAAAGACAUAUCAACCAACAUUUGUUAAUAUAUCUAAUGCUGGUGAUGAAACAAACCUAGCGGUCACAAACAGCCCAAUUGAGAGACAGAAAUCAGCUAUCACUAAUAAAACAACUCCAGUACUAGAUGCAAAUGUAACAUCAUCUAAUGCAUCAUCAUUGUCAUCUCCAACUAAACCAGUACCARAUCAGUCUGGUCCAAAUACAACAACUAACGCAUCUCCAACUUCCAAAGCAGCAACAGAAGCUCCUGCCAACUUGACACCACUCCCAACUGAAGCACCAACACUACAAGUGUCAGCUGGAGAUAACAAGGUCCUUACUCUACCGGCCAACAAUAUUGAAUUGUAUGCAAGUGCAUUCCCAAGGGAGUCUCCAGGCAAUGUAUACACCUAUCAUUGGCAACAGAUUUCAGCUCCACAAGGCAGUCAUGGUUACAUGGAGGGUAAAGAUACCAAGAGAGUUCUUUUGACYAAGUUAAGUCAUGUUGGUGUUUAUCAGUUUAAAGUUACUGUAAAAGCAACAAAGAAUGGUGCUUUUGGUUUUGCAUUUGUUAAUGUUACAGUCCGUCCAGUUCCCAGAGUAAACAAGCCACCCCGUGCAGAUAUAUCACCUAAAGAACAGGUCAUUACAUUACCAACCAACAUGGUUGUUCUGGAUGACUGACAGUUGUUGACUCUGAUGGUGAAAAAGACUCCACCACUGCAACAGUGACUGUCAACAAUGAAAAAGACUAUCCCCCAGUAGCAAGAGCUGGUGAUGAUGAAAUACUUACAAUGCCUAUCAACCAUCUCACUUUGCAUGGGAAUGGCAGCACUGAYGACAAGGGAAUAGUCAGUUACGAAUGGAGCAAAGCACCAAGUAGUCCMGCAGUGGGUGAUAUGCAAGGGACCAACUCUCCCAUUCUAAAGGUCUCUAACAUGGUGGUUGGUGACUAUACCUUCAUAUUGAAGGURACUGACACUGGCGGACAGACAGCUUCAUCCAAAGUUACUGUUGUUGUUCAGCCUGAGAAAAAUACUCCACCUGUUGCUAAAGCUGGCUCAGAUAAGGACCUUGUGUAUCCAGACGAUUCAACCACACUAGAUGCAAAGGGAAGCCAUGAUGAUCAGAAAAUUGUCAAAUAUCACUGGGAUCAAGAGAGUGGUCCUUCAUCUGCUGAGAUUUCUGGUGCCGAUGGAAAAAUAGCAACAGUAAAGAAAUUACAAGAAGGCCGUUAUGUGUUUAAACUGACGGUAACAGAUGACAAAGGACUUACUGGGACUGAUAUUGUKGCUGUUAAUGUAAAGAAAGAUAUCAAUCAAAGCCCUGUGGCAAAGGCUGGACCAGACGUAGUUGUUCAUUUACCGAAUCGCGCUGCUGAACUAGACGGUUCAAAGUCCAGUGACGAUCAUGGYAUUGUAAAUUAUAUUUGGUACAGGGACCCAAAGAGUCCUGCAGCUGGGGACGUUAUUAACAAGAGUAAUCACCAAGCAGUAUUAAGACUCUCCAACCUUGUAGAAGGCUUGUAUAAGUUCAAGUUAACUGUCGUUGAUGGAAAAGGACUCAAGUCUAGCGACGAAGCACUUCUCACUGUUAAGGAAGAUGAGAACAGCGCGCACUUGGUGGAACUUUAUCUUGAUGUUGACAUUACAAAAUUUACUGAAGAAAAUAAGGGUCAGUUAAUUCGUAAACUAGCUGUCAUCCUUGACGUACAAGAUGAUGAUAUUGUGGUGGAACACUUGAAAGAAGCAGGCACCGGACACAGUACGAUGGUCAUGUUUUACGUUAAGACAGCAGGCGAUGCUAAAGAUGGUCAAAUCGUAGCAGAAAUGUUAAAGUCAAAAAUUGAAAACGAGGAAGGAUUUUUUGAGUUCCGAAUGCUGAGAGUUGAACCCUACAUUUGUCGAAAUAAUUGUUCAUUCCAUGGAUAUUGUGAUCGACGUACUAAACUGUGUGUUUGUGAAAGCUUCUGGAUGCAAAACAUAUUCAAGUCCAGCUUUGGCGUAAAAGAAAGCAACUGUGACUGGAGUAUUUUAUAUGUUACUGUAAUUAUAUUUGGUAUCGUCAUGGGUAUCGGUGGUAUAAUAUGGGCUGUCUGCUUCUGCAUGGGAAGAGCCUCUCGUCGUCGUCGUCUUCGCGAUGACAAAGUAGUUUCAGUGGAACCACCACUUUUAUCUGACUCGACUGCAGCUGAAUCUUCCGGACGGCGCGUCAGAUCACGAAGAAGACAUCGAUAUGCAAUAAUAGAUGAAGAAGAUGAAGAUGACAAAGCAGAAAGAAUGGAAAUGUUACCGAAGGGCAAUUAUUCAAGUAUGAUGUUAACAGACAGUGAUGAAGACAGCGAUGAAACAACRCUAUUUGAAGCAAAGAAACGAAUUCCAAAUGGAACGCUAAAUGGAUCAAUAGGAAGAAAAGCAAUGUGAUUCUUGGGAUCAUUCAAUCCCUCUUUCUUGAAUACUAUACAUGGAUCUUCCCAUCUGUCGAUCUAUCACUCAUUCUUUAUGUAUUUAUAUAGAUAGAUGCUAGAAAGAAUACUAGGGUAGAUCGAAAUGGAAUUUUUCCUUUAAGGUGUGCCUCAAGCACAGUUCCUGGUCCCUUUUGAACCCUUAAUUUGAAUAAGGCUUCGGUGGCCCGAGAAUUAAAACAAAUGCUAAUUGUUAAAGUUUUAUGAGAAAUUGCUAAAUACCGGGGUAACAUUUUUAUACAUAAUAGUAAAAUAAAUCCAUUAUAUACCUUAUUURUAAAACAAACAAUUUAUCUCCGAACUUCAUUUCAGUUAAGUCUAUGCACUUCUUCAGUUACCUUUUUAUCAUUAACAUUUCCUCAGUGUUUAUGAAAAUGAAUUGGAUAUCUGUCAUGUGAUUUCUCUAAUUCCUGCAUAUGUAUUUAYUGCUUGCUUAAAAUAAUUAUAAAAUUAAUGUACAAAUUAUCACAUAAUUUGGAUUUUACACUGAGCCAUUCCAUCUUGCACGUUACGUCGGUAACAUCGUUCACCACUUCUUUUUUCAAAAUCCCCUGUCCCUUUUGGUUAAUCAUAUUACCUUAACAUUCGUUUUCAUUAGAGUGCAUACCAUAUUUCCAUUAAAAAAGUUAACUAACAAAAUUUUAUAAUUUAGUGUAAAUGUUUUGUAGGUUUACGGAACUUUAACGAACAUACUAUUUUGUGCAACUUCUUACAAAAUUUUUCACCGAUACAUGGUAUGUACRCUACCACUCAUGACUGAAAUAGGACAAUUUGCUGAAAUAGUUAUUGGAAAGUAAUUGAUUGACUUCAACCAAAUGCUAAUUUGCAGUCACUUGAUUGUUAUUGAAAACGAAUGUAAUUUUCAGCCAAUUCAURCUUGCGUUAUACAUUUCAUAUAUUUAAUUUCAUCACUCAGUWAGGGAGACCACAUGACAGUGGAUCGUAAUUUGUAUAUUCCCGCCAAUAAUAUAUAACUUCAGAUUUUUUAAAAGAAAUUUUGGGAAAACAAUCUUGAACAAGCGACCUAGACGGUAUAAAAUUAAAAACAAAAUAUGACCCGCUUUUAAAAACCCAUAAAGAUGAGUAACAAUUUGAUAUCGAUACCUAUAUGCAAACAAUAUAAACAUCUAACGAAUGUUAAGAUUGUAAUGUUAAGCUAACCUAUUUGACGUAACGUAAUUGAUUUAGUAUGAGGACACGCUAACCCUUUCCACUUGUUAACCAAUCGCGAUGCAGAGUAAAAGCUGGAGCCAAUAAGGAGAGAGAGAGGAAUGCCAAAAUCUUGGCUUCGUUGCUUGCUCCUGGUAGGCUUAAGUUGGAAUGCUGUGUUUUUAUUCAAUAUUAUGAUUGAUUAACUUGCUAAAAGUGUUCCCAGUUGCAGUUUCUAAAAAUUAAGGUGGUGAUGAAAGUCUUUUAUAUAGCCCUAGAUUUUUAUAUUAGCUUGAGUACRAGAUGGCAGUACUUGCUUAUUUGCGGUUUUGGGCAGAAACCAAGGUCCAGAGCACGCAUUUUUUGUUUCAGUUUGUCAGCUUAGAUCUUCCCUUAGUGAGCUAGUCUAUGAAGAAAGUAGUUAACGUGGAGUUUAUAGUAAAUACCAAUAAAAAAAGCAAGUGCUAUA